UUUAUUUAGGUAUAAAAUGAUCUGCUCGAGUACAUGGCCAAACUACAACGGCAACGACAAGAGUGGUGUACAGGCAUUGCUCACAGCCGUCAACUUGGAGAAGGAUGCCGAAUAUGGAAAAACUAAGAUUUUCAUCCGCACUCCACAGAGCAUAACUACUUUAGAGGAAAUGAGAAGUGCAAAAAUCCCCGAACUUGUUGAACUUUUGCAAAGGGUGAGAAAAUGAACACUUACCUCCCAAAUUUCUUGGAAAUAUAAAUCAAUAUUAACAGUUAUACUGCAAGUUCCUGACGGUAUAGUCAAUGACAUAUUGGUUGGAAGUGCGGCAGAUAUUUUCGAACUGACUUCUAUACGAUUUUAUGUUGUGGCGACUUCACCAUGCACAAAAAUGUUGAAUUUAGCUUAUGAUAUUUCAAUAACACUCUGGUUAAAAUUUCCUGGUUAACCUAGAAAUAGUUAACACUUACUGACUGGCAUCGAGGGAUACAGUAUGUUUUGUGGAUCCGAGUAUGCCAAUACUUAUAUCUUAAUUGAACUAGUUAUUUUGGCAAUUAUUCAAUGUAGUAUACUUCAUUUUAUCCGAUGUAGAGUUGGGUUUUUCGCCAUUUUCGUUUUAUUUUAUCGACGGAUACAGAACCUAUAUAUAUUCUCGCAUUUAUUCUGUUUGACAAUUUUGUCAUUUUGUUUUCCCAAAUUUCGAAAUUUUUACGCUCUCUCUCUACUUCGGAUGAAAAGGAUUAUACUAUAUUCUUGUUUGAUAUUUAAAUUAUAAGUUGUGAGUUUUUGUAUAAUGAUGUUUUGUAACAGGUCACUAACGUAAUUGGCUCACGCUGUGUUAGUGUUCCUGAACCGUCUUCCUGUUUGUACAUGUAUAUUUCUGUUGACGGCUGAAGUUAAUAAAUAAAUAAAUACUCAGUCGAGGUCGACAAACAUACUGUUUUCCGAAAGUCUCGGUUAAUAAGUAUUUUAUUAGAUCCCAAAUGUCAAAGAAAAUUUAAAAAAGAAACGGGAAAUUUUAUAACAAGAAGUCCUGGUCAAAUUAACUAGACUAUAUUAAAAAAAGGUUAAAAUAAGCAGGAAAUUUAACUAGGAAUUAACCCAAAUUAUUUAGUAUAUCUCAAAUCUGGUUUAAUCAGGAGUGUUUUUGGAGUGUUCAUUAUGCCAAGAAUGCAUUGUCUUCACUGAUCACAAAUUUACAAAAAGAUAGAACAAAGAUUUGGCCGAGUUUGCAGACCAUAGGUCGGUUCUACGAAAGCUGGAUAGCGCCAUCUAUUGGGUAGUGAUUUUUUCAACCUUUGUCGAAAUGCUUGAAAAGAUUUAAAACUACCAAAUUAUAGACCUCACAACUUAUUAAAAGAAACUUUAACUUGUAGAUACUAAAGUUUAAUCUGGGUUUUGCCAAUCGACGGCCGUGCACUAUUGCGUUAUCCGGCCUUCGUACAACCGUUGAUUGAAGAUAUCACUUUUAAACUUUCAUCUCUCGUAUUUCUCAAAUGUUGAGUUUCAAGAUGUAACUUUAAACGGAAUAUUUACUUUGGGACACGUUACACAACUUAAAAAAAACAAACAAGCAAAAUAAAAAAAAAAAACAAAAAAAAAACGCAAACAAGCCCUACAUCUUUAUGUCGUCUGACAUUUUUAAUCUUCUUUAUGUUUUAUCUAGAAUAUCCGUGGUGGACUCGCAAGGCAAUUCGUUCGAAAGUUACGUGCUAAGAAGAAGAUUAUAACUUGCUAUCGUCAUUGGAAGAUGAAAGUGUAUUUGAAUAAAAUUGUUGAAGCAUUCAGGUACGGAAUGAGCGUGUUUCAGUUUGAAGGAAUUAUUGUUAAUUAUAUUUUGGUUUCGUACAUGAUGUUUAGAAGAACAACUCCCCCACCCCCCCACCCCCCUCCCAUCUUUGACCUAUGAGAUUAAACCUAAUAAAUGUUCUGUUUUAUCAUAUUAUGCAGCCUUUGCUAUUACGUGCAGUGUAUAUAGACAUCAAAUUAAUUUUUAUUCUUUCCAGAAAUGUUCGAUCGAUGCGUGAUUUAGGGAAGAGUGUUUCAUGGCCAGUUCCACCCAAGGCGAUUGAAACGUUCAUUAAUCAACUCAAGAUUGUUCAUGGAAGGUAAUAUAUUUAAAUUAUAGUAAACACAUGGAGUGGGCAUGUGAUUUCCGAAGCCGAUUACUCACUCGCUGACAAAGCCAGGCUCUCUAUCUAAUCAGCUAAACGACAACCAUCCAACAUGACCUCUGUUAUAACUCAGUAGGUAGAGGGUUGGAGUAGGAAACCAACGUUUCACGCGGAUUCUAUUUCCACCACGGCAUAGCCGGAAAUCACGGCUGACCUCCUCACUAAUUUACAUAUCACGUUGACAUAUGGUUGCAACAGCAACAGUUAAGGUGGUUUGCAGUUUGCCGAAAUCGUUGAUUGCGAAACAAAGUCUUAGUGUAAUGUUAGCCUGUUUUAAACUACGGCUCUUAAACGAGUUAUAAUCCCGCACUCAUUAGACAUAAAAUGGUUGAAUUAUUUUAGAUGGCGUGCUUGGAUGAUCAUAUCUAAGAUACCUGAAGCAGAAAGAGAAGAAGUUCAUUUGAAAGCAUCAGCCGCAGAAGCACUUGAUGGACGACGCAAGGAAUGGGGAUGUAAAAGACGUUGGAAGGGUGACUACAUGUCUCUUGUACGUUUAUUUUAUAUUGGUUUGACUUGAGCUCAUACAAGGAAUACAUACCAACGGGUUAUUCUACCAGAAUUUAAAAUAUAUUGUUAUGUAACUAGCUAGUGCUUAAACUAAACGUGAUUGGCUGAUUUGUGGUCACGCGGAUUUUGAUAGAUAAAUAAAAUGUAUCUCGCCGGGCAACAAGUGAAAAAUUGCUGCUCGCUCCGACUGUAUACUUUCUGUAGGCCUACAUAAUACACCGAAAAUGGAGCGAAAAGUUUACUAGGAAGAACUUUUUUGCAGUUUACGAAAAGAAUAUAUACAGCAUCAUACGACAUACAUGCAGAGAAGAAAAAUACUCAACAGCCAACAUACCCAAAUUAAAUAAUUUUGCUGUCAAAAUAAUCUGCAUUAAAGAAUUUUAUUCAUUGCCUAUUUUUCUUCGUCACUAAAUAACAAAACUGUCUGUUCCCUUGGGAAAUAGUUUGUUUUGUUUUCCCUCGAAACUCAAUGUUUCCCUCGAGUUCUUCUUGGGAAACAUUGAAACAAAACUAUUUCCCUCGUGAGCAGACAUUAAGUGUAUAUUGUACACAGCCUGACAGAGCUGUAAAAUUAAUAAAUUGUUUAAUUCUUUUGUAUUAUCAUUUAUCUAAAGACAAGCAAACAAACGGAGUCUUGCCGAGGUGUCAACAUGAAUGCGCCUCCUGGCAGAAGUAACGAUUAGUGUCAGUUUUCAGGGGCAUGUCUACUAGAUCGUAGAACCAAAUUUAUUUUCAAUUUAAAAAAAGAUAAUAAAAUUAUUAAAGUCCCCUAAAGUUCUUGUCAGGCGAACUUGUCUAUAUACAAUAUAUUCUACCAACAUUUGUUAUCCUAUUUGAGCACAAUUCUAACUUUUGAUACCAUAGCUGUGAUAUAAACUGGUGUGUGCUUUAUAUCUUUAGGAUAGUGAAAACAGAAAUGCAAACAGAUUCCGAUUUUUGAUCGAAACCUACAAAGUGAAAUAUCAGUUCCGCCAAGUCUUGUUUUCUUCACAAGCGAAAAAGGUACAAACUUGAUUCUGAAAAAUUUUCCUUUAGUAUUGUUCCGUUUCUGUCCUAAUGUUAUUAAAACUAGGUCCAUCAUUUCUUCGAUGGUCAAACUCAGGAAAUUCCUGUUACUUCUUCUGUGUCAAAACUCAGAGAAUUCCUAAAACUUCUUCUGUGUCAAAACUCAGAGAAUUCCUAUUACUUCUUCUGUGUCAAAACUCAGGAAAUUCCUGUUACUUCUUCUGUGUCAGAACUCUGAGAAUUCCUAUUACUUUUUCUGUGUCAAAACUCAGAGAAUUCCUAUUACUUUUUCUGUGUCAAAACACAGAGAAUUCCCACUACUUCUUCUGUGUCAGAACCAUAGAUAUCUUAUAUACACUAGAUAGCGCAUCUCUUUUAUCAUUUGAAUAGUUUAAAAAUGUAUUUGGAAUAGGUUUAACGUAAUGUUUAAGUUCCCUGUUUAAGAAAUAGAAAACAUACGAAUCUUCUGCAAUCACGGCUUCAAUUUUUUAAUUACAGAAUAAUUAGAUGCACUAUCUAGUGUACAGUAUGUAAGAUAUUUAUUGGCAGAACUCGGAAAAUUCCUAUUACUUCUUCUGUGUCAGAACUCAGAGAAUUGGCCUAUUACUUCUUCUGUGUCAAAACUCAGAGAAUUCCUAUUACUUCUUCUAUGUCAAAACUCAGAGAAUUCCUAUUACUUCUUCUGUGUCAGAACUCGGAAAAUUCCUAUUACUUCUUCUGUGUCAGAACUCAGAGAAUUCCUAUUACUUUUUCUGUGUCAGAACUCGGAAAAUUCCUAUUACUUCGUCCGUGUCAGAACUCGGAAAAUUCCUAUUGCUUCUUCUGUGUCAGAACUCGGAAAAUUCCUAUUACUUUUUCUGUGUCAGAACUCGGAAAAUUCCUAUUACUUCGUCCGUGUCAGAACUCGGAAAAUUCCUAUUGCUUCUUCUGUGUCAGAACUCAGAGAAUUCCUAUUACUUUUUCUGUGUCAGAACUCGGAAAAUUCCUAUUGCUUCUUCUGUGUCAGAACUCAGAGAAUUCUUAUUCUUAUUACUUCUUCUGUGUCAGAAAAGUCCUAUUAUUUCUACUGAGAGAAACUUGACUGCCAUCGUUUUUGUCUGACACUGAUCCAGGCUCAUUUGAUAGAGGUGGUGCUUAUUUUUCAAAGGGGAUAUGAUAAUAGAGAUUAUAAAUAACACUAGAGGAGACAUUGUAAUCUUAAUUCAGUAAUGGGGGGCAAAUUUAAGUCCCGGAUGUGUAUUCGUGUUCCCAUUGGUGACGAGUUUCAAAUCAGCCGAUGAAAGCACGAUUUUAUAUCCGGGACUUGAAUUUGCCCCCAUUAGAUGCGUUGCCAAUUUUUAAACUCGAUGCCUCCUCUAGUGUUAUUUAAAAUCUCUAUGGAUAUGAUGCCAUUGAUACUAAACCAUGAAGCUAGUUAUCCCAGCUAUUGUGUAUACUGUUUGAGCCACAAAAACUCCUGUUGACUAAAAGUUGCAACAACACGAUGGACUGCAUGGACAAUGUUGCUGACCCAAGAGCAAAGUAUUGACAACUGUUCAUUUCUUACCAACCUUAAGCAACAAAGUCGACUUGUUGCCUAAAUAAUAUUGUAUUAUAUUGUAUUUUAGGUAAACCUGCACAGCCAAGUAUCGGACAGAAUCAUUCUAUUUACAGAUUCUUGUAUCUUAAAACUUAAUCCAAAAUAUAAAGUAUUGAAACAGAUAAGUUAUAAAGAGGUAAGCUAUUUCAGUAAUAUUUAGUCAUAGUAAAAAAUGUAUUGAACCGAUAUCGAUGCUCAAGUUCUCAUAUAUAUUGCAUAUUGUUUGUUUAAUUUUGUUUGUGUGUUGUGCGAUGUUGUUGUUGCCUGUCCUUUUUCUUCUUGUCCUAGCCGUUGUCGCUAUCGCUAUCCUCAUUGUUUUUGUUUUUGUUGUUGAUGAUUGACCAGAUUAGGGGCUGGUUGUAUACAACUCUAACUACUUUUUAACUACUCGUUUCGUAGUUAUGCAAUUCCGAUUAGUUAACUUUUGCACCAUGACUAUGGGUAACUUUAACUACUUUUUCGACCGGUCCCAGGAUUUAGGCCAGCUUUAGAUGGACUGAACUACCUUACACGAUUUCUAUUUCAGGCAACUGGUAUUGCAUUAACAUCCGGCGUUGAUCAGCUGUUGGUGCUAAAAUUUCCUGGAAACGAUCUCGUUAUUUGCUUCCAUAAUCCUGGGAACGAAGAUCGCGUUACCGAAGCCUUGGGUGUUGCAUUUCAAAGAAUGCGGAAGUAAGUUGGGCAAUGCAUGAUAUGAUUGAUUGUUUGAAUGCGUGCAUUGGAAAUAUAGCAGAUUUUCAUGUAUAAUGUUGGAGAGGACACUCUCCUGGGAGGUUUAUUUUAAAGGAUGAAUGUAAGGACCAUUCAUUCAUAUAAAGCAACCGUUUUUUGUACAAAUUUACAAUCCUGGUCAAAAAUCCUUGGCACAUUUAGUAAACUAACAACUCCCUGUGCCACAAUGCACAAGUGCAUUUUAUGAUUGUGUUCACAAUUUCAUGUUCAGACCCCUUUCGCCAUACAAUGUUGUGCAACACUGUAGUUAAUAGAGACUAAUAGAGACAUAAUAAUAGAUGGUUUCGAGACUCAUUAGAAUAAAAAAAACUCAUUAUCUAUGUUAGUCAACGUUGGUCCAAAAACGUGGUCCUUUGUUGUCACGUGUGUAUUGUGAUUUUGCCAAAUCCACCAAUAGUAAUUCUUGAGCAACGAAGGACCACAUUUCUUAAUAAACCUAAACAAAAACAUAAAUAACAAGUUUUAUUGUAAUUCUAAUGAGUCUCCAAACCAUCUCUUCUAGGCACAGAAUAGAGACAAACAGAAGGUCCACUCGGCCAAAAAAAGCGUAACCGCUGCCACGCCAUGAUUCGCAACGAUUUGUCAUCAAAAUGCUGUCGCCAUAUUUAUAUGACAGGCAUUCACCUCCUUGAACGUCCGCAAUUUUGAAUAUUUUCAGUGGGGUGAAUGCCUCUCAUAAGCGCACUAGCAAGGACUGCAACGGUUAUGCCAAAAUCAUAGGCCAAAAACUUGACCUUCUGUAAGGUUCCUAUUCUGUGGUCCAGGAUUGUAAUGGAUGCUCGUUUCUGCACCAUUACUCUGGAAGGGGGUUUUAGUAUGUAGGUAUUUUAUAAUUUUACCAUUUUCUGAAUAUGAUGCGUAUCUUCUAUUUCCAGAGCGAAACGAGAAACACCCGACGUGAAAGUCGAAGAUGAACUGUCUUGUGUUCUCGGUUCGAGAGAAAGGACAAUCUUCAUUCGACCCGCGGCCAACCAGAAAAUUCCAAAUUUCAAGAAAAAUGGAAGCCGUGAUCUUUUACUGCUGGCAGUACAAUAAAUAUUGCGGAAAUAUUAAACACUACGAUAUGUUGUCUACAGCAUAAUUUAAAAUGAUUUUAUCAUAAUAAUCAUUUGUUUAUUUUUGUAUAGGAUUUUGGGUAUAUAUAAUUUUUCAAAUAUUAGCGAACAUUUUCCCUACAAAAUUAUAGGUGAUCUUUUUAAUUGAUACACGCCAUAUUUUAAACAGGCAGGAACCAGUGAUCUAUAAAGUAUAUAUAUAUGGGUUAAAAAUAAUCAGUAAUAUACGGCCCGAAAUAGAGACAAUGAAGCCAAAGGUGGUAGAUAUAUUGAUGUCCAGUUCCUCUCCCUUACGCGGUUUCUGCAUCAUAAAAUAACAGAGUAACCAAUCAAAUGCAUAUUAAGCCUGUGAGAAGUAGCGAUAAUAGUAGUGGUCGACGUCAAACUGAACCUCUCUAAUAAUAUUGCAGCCUGUACAACCAUUAUUACCAAAGUUUAUACUUAUUGUAACAACUAUAUAGAACAUUGCACUUGCUGGCUCGUAGCAAAAAUUUGCUUAGGAUGAAAGAAAUUGUAGUUCUGCUUCAUCCCUCUAUUAAGUGGCGGAUUGUUUCAAGAGCCAGUUGUAUAAAAACGUAGUUAAAGUGAACUACACUUGGUGCGAACGUUAACCAAUCAAAAUCGCGUAUUUUAGAGUUGACUACUUCAGCUAGAAAAUAAUACCGGCCUCAGAUGUCAUACACAAGCUCAUUCAUCAAUUUUGAUUAAUGUCGAUAAACAACAAUGAAAAAAAAUGUUUAUUCUACACACGUAAAAACCCACAACUUGCAACAAACCUGCAACAGACUUGUGCCAAAGCUGCUUCAACAAAAUAUGUUCGCACUAGCGCUUGACCUCAGCUUGUUCAGAAGUCGACAACAGCUUCUCGACAACUUGCCACAGGAUUGUUGACUCGACAGACUUAAUUGUUAUAAGUUGUUUCAACAACUUGUUAUCGUCCGUCAACAACUUUUUAACAAAUUGUAAGUGCAUGACAAUCUUGUAACAACUUGACAAGCUUACAAUACUUACAACACUUGUUGACAAGUUUGUUACAAGCCUGUUGCGAACACAUCUUGUUGACAACGAGGCAAGAUGCGAGAUUUGUACGUGUAUACAAUAACUUGCUGUCCAGCCUGUAAUAUUGUUUAGCCUACAUUGUUGGCGUCGAUUAUAUCGCAGGCAACCAAUUUACUAUAGUAAAUGAAGUGAUGGAUUUAUCCAGCAUAAAUACAUUUUAAUAAUUGAUAAUAGUUGAACGCUUUAGGCCUAUAUGAAAAUUUGGAAUGGGACAUAUUUGAUUUAUUUUUUGACCUUUUUAUUGUUUAAACUUUAAUAGACAAAGACAAAGUAAUAAACUAAUACAAGCAACAGCCAGUCUGCUGAAAUUGGUA